GGGGGUAGAGAGAGGAGAAGAGCAUCCGAGAAGGGGGAGAAGAGAGAGAGAGAGAGAGAGAGAGAGAGAGAGACACUCAGAGACACAAAGAUGCUGCCCUCGCAAGAAGCCUCCAAGAUCUACCAUGACAACUACAUGCGCAACUCGCGCGCCAUCGGCGUGCUCUGGGCCAUCUUCACCAUCUGCUUCGCCAUCAUCAACGUGGUGGUCUUCAUCCAGCCCUACUGGAUCGGCGACAGCGUGAACACGCCGCAGGCCGGCUACUUCGGCCUCUUCCACUACUGCGUGGGCGAGGGCAGCUCGAACCGCGAUCUCAAGUGCCAGGGCACGUUCGCCGACUUCAGCUCCAUCCCGUCGGGCGCCUUCAAGGCGGCCUCCUUCUUCGUGCUGCUCUCCAUGGUGCUGAUCCUCAGCUGCAUCGCCUGCAUGGUGCUCUUCUUCUUCUGCAACACGGCCACCGUGUACAAGACGUGCGCGUGGAUGCAGCUGUUGUGCGCUGUGUGUCUGGUGUUGGGCUGUAUGAUUUUCCCGGAUGGCUGGGAUGCAGAGGUGAUUCGGGACAUGUGUGGAGAGGAGACAGGGAAGUACACGCUGGGGAACUGCUCAGUGCGCUGGGCCUACAUCUUGGCCAUCAUCGGCAUCCUGGAUGCCCUCAUCCUCUCCUUCCUUGCCUUCGUCCUUGGAAAUCGCCAGAGCGACUUCCUGCAAGAUGAAGUCAAGGCUGACAAUAAAGACUUUGGAGUAUCCAGGCCGCUGCAUCUGGCCUCUACACUCCGACUGGAUGGUAUUGAGAUCCGUGACACAAAGGAUCCACGUUUCGGAGUGCAGCGGUUCCACUGAAGAGACGCCACCUCCUCCUCCUUUAUUCUCUCCUUUCUUCAUCUCCCCUACCCCAGUCCUUCUCUCCUUCUCCUCUCAGGUCUGCGUCUCUGACCUCAGUUAGGAAGCUGCUAUCUCAGCUCUUUGUAUUAUAGGACUGGCCUGGAGCACACUUCAAGAAGAGAACCUAUUCUGUACACACACACAGACAUACACACACACACAUUUAAAAAGAAUUCAAAAUCAAGAUUAAAAAAUCAGCUUUACAAAAACCAACAACUCUGGGAAAGUGAUUAAACUUACACAUUAUUAUUAUUAUUAUUAUGAUUAUUAUUAUUAUUAUGAUUAUUAUUAUUAUUACUAUGAUGAAAAUGUUACGGUGAUGAUUAUGCUUGCAACAGCGGUAUUAUGUUCAAAUUUACAUAUUUUAUCUAAAAUGGGGAAAAAAAUACUCAUUUCUAGCUUUAAGAAAAUAACAUUAUAAUGAAUUAAUGCAUAUGUAUAAGUGCUUGGGUGCUACUGGAGACACAGAUGAAGAAAAAAUCAAAGCCAAAAAUCAAAUAAAAUG